AUGCGCACAUUCUCCUUCCUCACGCUUUUGAGCGCUGUCAGCUCUGUGACGUCCCUCUCCAUCCCGCCUUACACUGGUACAAGCAUCAAAGGCAUACCAUUCCCUUCACUCGUAGACGUCGACCUCGAGGAGCUCGUCACCGGCCUCGAAAGCGGCCUCUUCACCUCGGUCGAUCUGGUCAAUGCUUACGAGCAGCGUAUCCUAGAAGUCAACAGCACGCUACACGUUGUCACGGAGCUUAAUCCAGAUGCGAGAGCUAUUGCGAAGCAAGCGGACGCCCUGCGAGGCAAUGGAACGAUCCUGAGCCCGCUUCAUGGGAUUCCAAUCUUGAUCAAGAACAACAUCGCCACUGAUGAUUUGAUGAACAACACUGCUGGCUCUUUUGCGUUGCUGGGCGCGAAAGUGCCGCGGGACUCGACUAUUGCUGCGAAGUUGAGGAAGGCUGGUGCGAUUAUCUUGGGCAAGACGAACUUGAGUCAGUGGGCGAACUUCAGGUCGUUCAAUAGUAGUAACGGGUGGUCGGCGUAUGGCGGGCAGACUUUCGGUGCUUACUACCCUGGUCAAGACCCCAGCGGCUCCUCAUCUGGUUCUGGUGUAUCAAGCUCGAUUGGCCUUGCGCUUGCUGCGCUUGGAUCAGAGACUUCUGGGUCCAUUCUCAGUCCAGCUGAUGUCAACAAUUUGGUCGGUAUCAAGCCCACUGUGGGUCUCGUGAGUCGAUACCUCGUCAUUCCAAUUUCAGAGCACCAAGACACCGUCGGUCCUAUGGCGAGAUCGGUCAAGGACGCAGCGUACGUGCUUCAAGCCAUCGCUGGCGAGGAUAAGAACGACAACUACACCUCUGCCAUCCCCGGACCCAUUCCCGACUACGUCUCUGCUUGCGAUUACAGCGCGUUCUCCGGUGCCAGAAUCGGCGUUGCGAGGAACGUCCUCGACAUCUGGGGCAGGUACACGGACAAGCCUGUCAUCGAUGCGUUCAAUUCAGCAGUGCAACAGAUCGAAGGCGCCGGCGCAACGAUCGUUGAUGCCAACUUCACCGCUUUCGAGCAAUGGCAGAGUGACGGCAACGGAACGCUCGUGCUCAACGCGGAUUUCUUGACGAAUGCUGCGACUUACUUCUCCGAACUCUCCGUGAACCCGAAUGGCAUCGAGAACGUUGCAGAUCUUCAGCAAUUCACGCACGACUUCCCAGCGGAGAAAUGGCCGAAGCGCGAUACGCUGCAGUGGAAGACGGCGCUGAAGCAGUUCAACAACACUUCUCCCAAGUUCUGGCCCGCGUAUCAAGCGAACCUCUUCUAUGGAGGUGAAGGCGGAAUCCUCGGGGCAUUGAAGCGCACAAAUACUUCUGCUGUACUCUUGCCUACCCAGCUGAGUCCAUCAAUCCCAGCGCUCGUUGGAAGUCCCGUCGUCACUGUGCCAAUGGGCUUCUACCCAAGCAACUGGACCGUAGCGAUGAACGAGUUCGGCAAUCUGGUCUCCACGGGCCCGAAUCUGCCUUUCGGAUUGUCUUUCAUGGGACCAAAGUUCUCCGAGGCAGAUCUGAUCGGAUAUGCGUAUGCUUAUGAGCAGCGGACGAUGCAUCGGAAUCAGAUCUCGCCGUAUCUGGUGCCGAAUAUUGAGAUUGCGAAUGUGGUGAAGACAUGA